AUGCCUCCCAAGAGAAAGCUUGCUGACAUUGAGCCCGAACCAACAGCCGUUCCUCCCUCGCUGCCUCCCUCCGUCGAAGAGGCUUACCGCCGCAAAUGCGUCCAGCUGAAGAAUCGGACAAACGAGGUCGAGGAUGCCAACGACGCUGCUAGACUACGUCUCGCACGCAUAAAACGCCAAGUCGAGAAGCUGAGGAUAGAACGGGCCUUUUUGCUUGAACAGCUGGCCAAGCGCACCAGCACCAACGUUGAAGACUCUGAGGGUAGCCCGAGCCCACCACCAACUCCCAAGGACAAGCCGCUGCGCAUCAAGCGUGGCCACCGAAAAUCUGCCCUCCUCGACCUCGACUCCAAAGCCACCCCCAACAGCUCCUUCAAAGGACCCGCAUCACCCUCAGAAUCCCAGGCCAAGCGAGGCAGCGCCGACCCCGACGACACCCCUACCAAUGGCAUCAGCAAGCCAUCCAAGCUCCCCAAGAACGCUUUCGAGCUCUACUGUGAGGACGCCCGGCCCAUCCUUGAAGCUAAGAGCAAAGAUGGCGAUGGCGAUGGCGAUGGCGACGCUGAUGCCGAUCUAAACGUUGACGAGGAACUCACCCGCGCGUGGGAAGACCUUCCCGACGCCGACAAGGAAGAGUACGAGACUAAGUUUGAAGAGCUCUCCAAGAAGGCGGACGAGAAGGACGACGAGGACGAGGACAAAGACGGGACUGAAGAUACGCCCGAGAAGGAAGAAAAGGCCGGGGACGCUGAUAAGCCCGAAACUCAAGACGAAGAUGUCGAAAUGACCAAUUAUGACACAGAGGAUCAGGAUCAAGAUGCAGAUCAGGAUGGGGAGACACGGAUGGAGAAGGAUGGGGAUGAUUAA